AUGGCCAGCCAGAUUAGCAAGAAGCGCAAGUUCGUUGCAGACGGUGUCUUCCGCGCCGAGUUGAACGACUUCUUCACCCGCGAGCUCUCCGAGGAGGGCUACUCCGGCUGCGAUGUCCGUGUGACCCACGCUCGCACUGAGAUUAUCAUUCGUGCCACCCACACCCAGGAGGUCCUCGGUGAGAAGGGCCGCCGCAUCCGCGAGCUCACCGCGCUCGUCCAAAAGCGUUUCAAGUUCCCCGACAACUCCCUCGAGCUCUACGCCGAGAAGGUCCAGUACCGUGGUCUUUCCGCCAUCGCCCAGUGCGAGUCUCUCCGCUACAAGCUCCUUGGUGGUCUCGCUGUCCGCCGUGCUUGCUAUGGUGUCCUCCGUUUCGUCAUGGAGUCCAAUGCGAAGGGCUGCGAGGUUGUCGUCUCCGGCAAGCUUCGUGCGGCACGUGCCAAGUCCAUGAAGUUCACCGACGGCUUCAUGAUCCACUCCGGUCAGCCCGCCGUUGAGUUCGUUGACUACGCCGUCAGGCACGUCAUGCUCCGUCAGGGUGUCCUUGGUAUCAAGGUCAAAAUCAUGAAGGGCUGGGACCCCGAGGGUCAGCUUGGACCCCGCAAGCCUCUUCCCGACUCUGUCCAGAUCCUCGAGCCCCCUCUCGACAAAAUCGUGGCCGAGCCCACGUCCGAGCAGCGCGAGCCUGCAGUCGUCGCUGCACCGCCGCCUGCGGCGGAGGAGACUGCGUACCCCCCUCAGGAGGGCUACCAGCAAGGUUACGAGCAGACCGCUGCGUUCUGA